AUGGCGCUGCGGCUCUCGAGCAGCCGGUCGGCGGCCUCUGCCCUGCGCUCCGUGGGAGCUUCGAGCGCCCGCUCUACUGCCGCUCGCGCCUUUACCACCACAGCUGUGAGGGCCAAGGAUGUAGUCUCGGAUGUCUCUGAUACCCCGAAUCUAAGACACGCGCAACGCGGGCCGCAAGGAAUCAAGCACGUUCCCGUUGUCAAUCCUGCCGACAAGUACGAGUCCAAGGCCGAAGCUCUCCACAAAUACGGCCAGUACCUGCUGUCAUGUCUGCCGAAAUACAUCCAACAGUUCUCCGUCUGGAAAGACGAGCUGACCAUCUUCAUCCCGCCGUCCGGCGUCAUACCCGUCUUCAGCUUCCUGAAAUACCACACCGCAGCUGAGUUCACUCAGGUGUCGGACAUCACAGCUGUCGACUACCCGACCAAGGACCAGCGCUUCGAGGUGGUCUACAACAUGCUCAGCAUCCGGCACAACUCGCGCAUCAGGGUUAAGACGUAUGCCGACGAAGCGACCCCCGUCCCCAGUAUCUGCAGUCUCUAUGACGGCGCCAACUGGUACGAGCGAGAGGUGUACGAUCUCUUCGGCGUCUUCUUCGUCAACCACCCGGAUCUGAGGAGGAUCAUGACGGAUUACGGGUUUGAUGGACACCCGCUGAGGAAGGACUUCCCGAUGACUGGGUACACGGAGAUUCGAUACGAUGAGGAGAAGAAGCGCAUCGUGGUUGAGCCACUGGAGAUGACGCAGGCUUUCAGGAACUUUAGGGGCGGCAGCUCGGCAUGGGAACAAGUUGGGCCCGGACAUGACAGGACUCCCGAUCAGUUCAAACUACCAACGCCAAAGCCGGAGCCGAAGAAGGAAGAGCCUAAGAAAUGA